GGGCGCUCCAGCGGGCGGGACUGGAGAGCGCCGCACGCCCGCAGCCGCCGGCCCCGCCGGAGGCACCGCGCCCUGCUCCGCGCGAUCGAUCGCUGGCGCCAUGGACCGAGGCCGCGUGCUGGAGCAGCUGCUCCCCGAGCUCACAGGGCUGCUCAGCCUCCUGGACCAUGAGUACCUCAGCGACACCACCCUGGAGAAGAAGAUGGCUGUGGCCUCCAUCCUGCAGAGCCUGCAGCCCCUCCCAGCCAAAGAAGUCUCCUACCUGUAUGUGAACACAGCGGACCUCCAUUCCGGGCCCAGCUUUGUGGAGUCCCUCUUUGAAGAAUUUGACUGUGAUCUGAGCGACCUUCGAGACAUGACAGAGGACGACGGGGAGUCCUGCAAAGAAGCCACCCCUGAGCCAGCCAAGAGCCCACCUCUGAGACACGCAGCCGACUUGCCUCCACCGCUCCCCAAAAGGCCUCCACCUGAGGAAUACUAUGAGGAGGCCCUUCCCCUGGGGCCUGGCAAGUCCCCCGAGUAUAUCAGCUCCCACAACGACUGCAGCCCAGCCCACUCGAUUGUGGACAGCUACUACGAGGAUGCAGACAGCAGCUACCCCGCGACCAGGAUGAAUGGGGAGCUGAAGAACUCUUACAAUGACUCUGACGCCAUGAGCAGCUCCUACGAGUCCUAUGAUGAGGAGGAGGAGGAAGGGAAAGGGCCGCAGCCCACACACCACUGGCCUUCAGAGGAGGCCUCCAUGCACCUGGUGAGGGACUGCAGGAUAUGUGCCUUCCUGCUGCGGAAAAAGCGCUUCGGGCAGUGGGCCAAGCAGCUGACCGUCAUCAAGGAGGACCAGCUCCUGUGUUACAAAAGCUCCAAGGACCGGCAGCCACAUCUGAGGCUAGCGCUGGAUGUCUGCAACGUCAUCUACGUGCCCAAGGACAGCCGGCACAAGAGGCACGAGCUGCGCUUCUCCCAGGGGGCUACUGAAGUCCUGGUGCUGGCACUGCAGAGCCGGGAGCAGGCCGAGGAGUGGCUGAAGGUCAUCCGAGAGGUCAGCAAGUCCGUUGGGGGUGCUGAGGGGGCAGAUGUGCCCAGAUCCCCAGUCCUCCUGUGCAAGGUGGACCUGGACAAGAGGCUGUCCCAAGAGAAGCAGACCUCGGAUUCCGACAGCAUGGGCCUGAGCGACAACUGUUCCACCCUUGGCCGCGAACAUGGCAAAGGGAAGAAGAGCAGCCUGUCAGAGCUGAAGGGUUCAAUGAGCAGGGUUGCGGGCCGCAAGAUCACCCGUAUCAUCAGCUUCUCUAAGAAGAAGGCACUGGCCGAUGACCUGCAGACAUCCUCUACCGAGGAGGAGGUUCCAUGCUGUGGUUACCUGAAUGUGCUGGUGAACCAUGGCUGGAAGGAACGCUGGUGCCGCCUAAAGUGCAACACCUUGUAUUUCCAUAAGGACCGCACGGACCUGCGGACCCACGUGAAUGCUAUCACCCUCCACGGUUGUGAGGUAGCCCCAAGCUUUGGGCCCAGACACCCAUUUGCCUUCAGGAUCCUGCGCAACCGGCAGGAGGUCGCCAUCUUGGAGGCAAGCUGCUCCGAGGACAUGGGCCGCUGGCUCGGGCUGCUGCUGGUGGAGAUGGGCUCCAAAGUCACUCCCGAAGCGCUGCAUUAUGACUACGUGGACGUGGAGACCUUAACCAGCAUCGUCAGUGCAGGGCGCAACUCCUUCCUAUAUGCAAGAUCCUGCCAGGAUCAGUGGCCUGAGCCCCGAGUCUAUGAUGAUGUUCCUUAUGAAAAGAUGCAGGACGAGGAGCCUGAGCGUCCCUCUGGAGCCCAGAUCAAGCGCCAUGCCUCCACCUGCAGUGAGAAGUCCCAUCGGGCAGACCCACAGGUCAAAGUCAAGCGCCACGCCUCCAGUGCCCAUCAAUAUAAGUACGGUAAGAACCGAGCUGAGGAGGAUGCCAGGAGGUACCUGGUAGAAAAAGAAAAGCUGGAGAAAGAGAAAGAGACAAUCCGGACAGAGCUGAUGACACUGCGGCAGGAAAAGAGGGAACUAAAGGAAGCCAUUCGGAACAGCCCAGGGGCAAAGUUAAAAGGUCUGGAAGAGGCCUUGGCCACCCUGGAAGCUCAGUGUCGGGCGAAGGAAGAGGGCCGUAUCGACCUGGAGCUGCGGCUGGUGGCUGUGAAGGAGCGCUUGCAGCAGUCCCUGGCAGGGGGCCCAGCCCUGGGACUCUGCGUGAACAGCAAGAACAAGAGUGGGGAAACUGCAAAUAAACCCCAGAACAAUGCCCCAGAGCAACCUCUCCCUGUCAAUUGUGUUUCUGAGCUGCGGAAGAGGAGCCCAUCCAUCGUAACCUCCAACCAAGGAAGAGUGCUACAAAAAGCCAAGGAAUGGGAAAUGAAGAAGACCUAGAAAGAGGAUGAGGAUUUCAUCCAAAGGAGAUAACACCUUGUCCAUCCAAGGCAGAAAUGCUUUUUUCACAAAGAGACAUCAGAAGACUGGAAGUAGCCCACACUCUCUGGGGCACCCAAAAGACCAGCCUUUAUUGUCUGCAUGAUUAUAGGGGACAUGGGGAGGGAAGAAGGAGGAGAGAAGAGGGAAAUGGAGGGCAUCCUUAUAACUUUACAGAGGGUGGAAAUAGGGGUGGAGGGAGACAGAAAUCUGCACAGUCGUAAAGGUUUUGUUAAAUGUCUUUGCCUUCCCUUCUAAAGAAGAAAUGAAAGCACAUGUGAAUAAGCCAUUCCAUCCCAUUCUCAGCAUCCCAUUCCCAGUCCUCAGGAAAAAGGAAGGCAGUGCUGAGGCAUCGGUGGUACAGUAUAAAGAGACAGGACUUGAUCA